AUGUACUCCGGAUUGCAGCAAGAGCUGGGGGUCACGGAAGACGACAACUCCGCUGAUCUCGAGCCGUCGCCGCAGAGCCUACCAGCGGCCGGCACGGGCAACACGAGCACUGGCGGCAGCAGCUUCCCGGCGGGACUAAGGGUACUAGUGGUUGACGAUGACCCUCUCUGCCUCAUGAUUCUCGAGCGCAUGCUUCGCCAAUGCGCCUACACUGGUACGCCCGUUACGCUUGACGACAUGCAGCCGCGCGGCAACGGCGCUCUCGCCGCUGCGGGAGAACCUUUUGAGUCGACUCAAAACCGCGCAGCAACGGCGCUCUCUCUGCUGCGGGAGAACCGAGACAAGUUCGACCUGGUGAUCAGCGACGUGUACAUGCCCGACAUGGACGGCUUUAAGCUGCUCGAAUUGAUCGGCCUCGAACUCGACCUCCCCGUUAUCAGUGCGUUGCACUCCCUGAUGAGCGCGAACGGGGAAACAAGCGCAGUAAUGAAGGGCAUAACGCACGGCGCGUGCGACUACCUCUUAAAGCCCGUGCGCAUCGAGGAGCUGCGCAACAUCUGGCAGCACGUGGUGCGCAAGCGCUCCUCCUCCUCCUCCGCCGCCGCCCCCCCGCGCGACCCCUUUAAGCAGGAGCCUGGGGGGGACUGGGACGAGACCGCUGCAGGGGGGGGCGGAGGCGGGGGCGGGGGCGGGGGCGGGGGCGGGGGCGGGGGCGGAGGGGGGGAGAGUGAUGGGGACGGGGCGGGGAGCAAGCGCAAGAAGGAGGAUUAUCUGGAGGACGCGUCUACUCUGAAGAAGGCGCGCGUGGUGUGGUCUAUUGAGCUGCACCAGCAGUUCGUCAACGCCGUCAACCGGCUCGGAGUGGACAGUAAUCGCCGCAAGCGCAAGAAGGAGUAUCUCGAGGACGCGUCCACGCUGAAGAAGGCGCGUGUGGUGUGGUCUAUUGAGCUGCACCAGCAGUUCGUCAACGCCGUCAACCGGCUGGGCGUGGACAGUGAGUGCUGCUUGCUACCUGCAGUGUCCCUCUGCCUGUGUUGCCUGCUCGAUGAUGCUCAAGAAGGCGCGUGUGGUGUGACCAGAGGCGGUGCACCCAAGCAAGCGCAUAGUGGAGUGGAGAUCAUGGACGUGCAGGGACUUACUCGGGACACCGCCAUGUCUCACUGCCACCUCGCUGCUCUUCCCUCCUGCCUCUCUGCCCCCUUGCCCUCGCUCCCUGUGCCUCCCCCCACCAGAGGCGGGGCCCAAGCGCAUAUUGGAGAUUAUGAACAGGCGGUGCCCAAGCGCAUACUGGAGAUUAUGAACGUGCAGGGACUCACUCGGGAGAACGUCGCCUCGCAUCUGCAGAAGUAUCGGCUGUAUCUGAAGCGGCUGAGCGGGGUGAACCCACAGCCGCACCCAGUGGCGUCCUUCCAAGCCACGGAGGGCAGUCUCUUUGGAGGCACCCUGCAGGUGCAACCUGCCGGCACCCGCACCACCAAAGCCCCAGGCAUGAGCCUCGCGGCUGCUGCUGCUGCUUCCUCUGCUGGGUUGACUGGUGGCGGAGGGGGAGCGGGAGGGGGAGGGGGAGGGGGAGCGGGAGGGGGGAUGGGACUGGGGGGAGCUGGUGGGGGGCUGGGGGCGGGGGCAGGGGCGGAUGUGCUGUCUGGGCUUGCUGCUGCUGCGGGGUUGGGGAAUCUUGGGAUGGGUGGUGGGGGUGCUGCGGCGGCGGCGGCGGCUGCAGCUGCUGCUGCAGCACUGGUUGCGGGAGGGGGUCUAGAUCCCUCCACUCUAGCUACAAUAGCACAGCUGCAGGCUCUGCAGCAGCAGGAGCAGGAGCAGCAGCAGCAGCAGCAGCAACAGCAACAGCAGCAGCAGGAGGCAGCGUCGUCGACUGUAGGCUCGCACUCGCUUGCAGGCCUAUCAGGGCUUGGAGGGGCAGGAGGACUAAGCAACUCCGCCCUUGCAGCAGCAGCAGCAGCAGCGGGGCUUCUGGGCGGACAAGGCUCCAGUGCUGCUGCUGCUGCGGCGGCUGCGGCGGCUGCUGCUGCUGCCGCGGGCACAGGAGUAGCAGGCGGGAACAGCAGCGGCAACGGCGCCUUGGCAGGGUUAGGCGGAGCGAAUGGGUUAGCCCAGGCGUUGGGACUGCAAGGUUUAACCGGGUAUGAAAUCAGUUUAUUGCUGCAGGCGCAGCAGGAAGGGGCGGCGCGGCAACGCAUGGGAGCGGGAGGAGCAGGGGGAGGUGGAACUGGUGGCGGUUCUGCUGGGCUAGGCGGCCUAGGGUCGGUUGAUUCUCUCACGCUGCAGGCCCUAGGAGGGAAUCUGGGCGCGUUGGGUGGGGGUGGUGGGGGUAGUCCUCUAGGGGGCGCUGGUGGGGGAGGGGGAGGAGGAGGCGGAGGAGGGGGAGGGGGAGGGGGAGGAGGGGGAGCGUAUGGGUUGAGUGCGGCAGGGUUAGCGAGCCUGUUUGGGGGAGGAGUGGGUGGGGCUGGGGGGGGUGGUGGUGGUGGCGGUGCUGGUGGCUCUGCGGCAGCUGCAGCGGCGGCGGCGGCAGCAGCCAAUAUGCAAGACGAGUUGGGAGGGGCGGGUGCAGGUGGAGUGGGAUUGGGAGGGGCGGAGGAUUACUUGUCAGGUGCGAGACAUGGGGGAGGGGGAGGGCAGGGAGGAGGAAAUGACCUCUCUCUGUUGAAUCAGCUGAUGGGGCAACAGGGGGGGCGCGGGGGGGGGAUCACUCACUAA